AAGUUUCUCGACGUAUGUUAUAUUAAUUAAGUAAUGAAACGUAGAAAACCAGUAAAGUAUGAGAUCAAUGUGAUUACCGAACAUGUAUGACAUGUAGUACUCACCGCAAACUAAAGUCUCGUUUUCAAGGAAUUUACCUAGGGGAUGAAACUUGUGAUGUAAAUUCCCUAGGGUAUCUUUCUAACCAACCCUGCUAUCAAUGGAUGUCAUAUGUCGGUUGUCAGUUUUUGCACGGUUCCUUUGAUUAAAUUUAACAGGACGGAUCAGUUAUGGUUUAUAAACGGAAGAAGUAUCACAGGGGAGACACUCACCUCAAAAAGGGUUGGAAGACUAAAAGACGAGGCAAGGAUCUCGACGAGAUUGAUGAAGAUUUAAAAGACGAGAACGCAAAAAAAUUGCUGCAUCAGAAAAUAGAUUUAGACAGACCUGGAGCUGCUCAACACUACUGCUUACAUUGCGCGCGAUACUUUAUAGAUCGUCGAGCACUGCAGGAUCAUUUUACUACAAAGGUUCACAAGAGGAGAUUGAAGGCUCUAGAACUAGAGCCUUACAGCGUCGAGGAGUCUGAAAGAGCUGCAGGCAAGGGCAGCUACGUCGAACCUAGGAAAAGAAAAAUUAUAACUCAACCGAUUGAAGAUUCUAAUCCGUUGGACUCUGAUUUGGACAUGUCUCCAGCAGCAAAAGUCACUAAAAUGGAUAAAUGAAACAAGUGGAUUAUUAAACAUUGUUAAAAUGAA